AUGGUUGUAAAACGAAAGAGAGAAACCACUGUGGUUUCCAAGCCAAAGGCUAAGGAAGACAGCCCUCCCCCAGUGGACAAUGCGCAGGACGUAUUCCGCAGAUUAUUCGAAGCACAAUUCGAGCCACUCGAUUUGCCAGGUCCUACCGCCAAAUCUACAAAUUCCGAGGAAGAAGAAAGCGAGAUCGGCGACGACUCUGAUCUGUCUGGGUCAGAAGGUGACUGGGAUGGGAUGUCCGAUGUCAGCGAUGAAAGCAACCACGUCGAGGUGGUCGAACACACGGGUUCCUAUGCAGCACCAGAAGACCGAAUGGACAAGAAGACUUGGAAGGCGUUCAUGAGCGGAAAACUGUUGUCCAACCUGGAUAAGCCGAGCACCGAACCAGAGCCUACCUCCAAAAAAGAAGAGGAGGAAGACGCCCACGACUCUGCGAACCUCAAGCACGAUCUUGCACUACAAAGACUACUCAAGGAGUCACACCUUCUCGACUCCGCCGAUGACCUUGCCCCCACUGGAAAGAACCGUUUGAAGGCUUUGGAUCUACGCAUGCAGUCUCUGGGAGCCAAAACUUCGCUCUAUGCGCAAAAUAAAAUGCCUACUGCGCAUCGACGAGGCAUUAAAGCUAAGGCUGAGUCAAAGGAAGAGAGACGCCGCCUAGAGGCCAAGGAAAACGGUAUUAUCCUCGAACGGCCUAGCAAGGUAAACAAAUCGAGCAACAAUGGGCGAAGAGAGCGCGGUGUUUCCGGGGUAUCCGUGGGCAAGUUCUCAGGAGGCACAUUGAACCUGAACAAAGACGAUAUCGCUCGUGUCCAGGCGUCAGGCCGCCGCAUGAUGGGUGGUAGAGGAAAGGGCAAAACAAGAGGGGGCAGGGGUGGCAGAGGUGGUAGAGGUGGUGGCAGAGGCGACAAACGCUAA